UACAUUAUCUUUUACCUUUUUAAACAAUUUGAAUACAGUAAUGAGUUCUUAAAUCAACUGAAGGUGUCAGUCAUUUUAAAGCACGGCUAGAAUAAAUAUUUGAAUGUGUUUUUUGUAGCAUGCAGAGUGAAAUAUUUGGUCGCAGAGUGUCGCUGUUAUGCGGUGAAUUGUAAGCUGUUUUCCGGUAAAGUGAUAGUAGAGAGAAAGAUAACACACUGACAGAAAGGGCCCUCCUGACUACUGUAGGGUGACUACAAAACAUCGACAAAAACAGGAAGUCGUUUACCUUUCGGACUCAGGGCUCUGUGUUGGAGGAAUUUAUUCUUUAUGUGUCACUGGGAGCAUCAACAGCAUGGCAGAUGACAAGGACGUGUUGAGAGACGUUUGGUUUGGCCGGAUACCCACCUGCUUCACACUGAACCCGGAUGAGGUUACUGAAAGAGAGGCAGAGCCCUACUAUCUGCUGCUACCCAGGGUGAGCUAUCUACCUCUGGUUACAGACAAAGUGAAAAAGCACUUCCUCAAAGUGAUGAGGGCAGAGGACGUGGAGGAGAUGUGGUUUGAGUAUGAAGGAACACCACUCAAAUGGCACUAUCCAAUAGGAGUUCUGUUCGACCUGCAUGCCUCUCACACUGUCUUACCCUGGAGCAUCACUGUGCACUUUAAGAGUUUUCCAGAUCAGGACCUGCUCCACUGUCCAAGCAACUCUGUGAUAGAGGCCCACUUCAUGUCCAGCAUCAAGGAGGCUGACGCUUUGAAGCACAAGAGCCAAGUGGUCAAUGACAUGCAGAAGAAAGAUCAUAAACAGCUGUGGAUGGGCCUGCAGAACGAUAAAUUUGACCAGUUCUGGGCCAUGAACAGGAAGCUGAUGGAAUAUCCCACUGAGGAGGGAGGCUUCAGAUACAUCCCCUUCAGAAUAUACCAGACAUUGAGUGACAGGCCGUUCAUCCAGAAACUGUUUCGCCCCGUUUCACUUGAAGGCAACACACAGACACUCGGCAACCUGCUGAAGGAGAUGUACCCUGAUGCUCUAACGAAUGAUGGUGAGCAGAAGCGUUACCAGGUGGUGAUCCACGGUAUCGAACCUCUGAUGGAGACACCUUUGCAGUGGCUUAGCGAACACCUCAGCCACCCCGACAACUUCCUGCACAUCUGUGUCGUCCCUGUUCCCACAGACUGAGCCCCGCCCCCUCUCACUGUUUCUGUGACUAUGCACCAGUUUGCCAGCCGGUUAGCCCCAGACAGGACAGUGCUUUUAACUAACAGACUAACAAGAAGAAGAUCAGAAUCUUAAUGGUGAUAAACAAAGGAUGUGAUGGAGGAAUUAAAUGAACCUCCUGUUUUCAUCUUGCUCAUUUACUUUUCUAUCUUGUCACCACUACAACUUCCUUUUUUUUUUUUUUUUUUUUUUUUGAAGACUUUCAGAGGUCUUCAUUCAGAGAUUCUGAAUUCAGAAGAAUUCAGAAGGAAUUAAAGAUGAAAAGAACUCCUGCUCCUCCUUCCUCCAUGAAAAGGAGAGACUUUUCUUUAAGUGAAAGAUUCCUGAAUGAGACGAGUAUCUCCUUAUUCUGUUCCUCUGCCGUUUCUUCUUCUACUCCUCUUUGAGUAAACAAAUAUCCACACAGGAGGCGAGGAGCUGAAAAGAUUUUUCAGUUUACCAUCCUGCCAUGCAUCGCCCUCCUUAUCGAAUGAAAGACUGUCCUGCAGACAGAGGUGGGAUUUUUCGGAAGCGAGUGGUGCAGCAUGCCCUGCAGAAGUUGCCUUAGUUACACCUGUCAUCCAUUAUGACUUACAUGACGUCAUCGAGUUUACAUCACGGUCUUUAAAACUGUUCAUGUCAAUAUUGUUUUUUUUUCCAAAAAUGUUGUAUUAUUAGACACCAUGAGCUUUACGUGGUUUUAAAGGUUUGACAGCAUUUCCAGCAUUUGUUUGUAUUUAUCUCUUGAUUAUCACUGCUGAAUUCUGCAUCCAACUUGAGUUAUUUGUUAAUAAAAAAAACAGAAUGUCCAAAUUUA